CUUGCUAGGUACAAACCAUUUUAAGGAUUAGAAUAGAAUUAAUCAAAGGAUUUUAAUAUAUUUAUUGCAAAGACGAAAAAUAAGAAAAUAUCAAAUAUUAUAAUGAUUUCGAGAUUACUACGCGUGGGAGGCCAUUUUCGCCGGUGUGUGUAUUUAUCAGCAGAUUGAAACCUCACGAAGAAUAUUUACAAUGGAUGAAGAAUAUGAUGUUAUUGUUCUUGGAACAGGACUAAAGGAAUGUAUCAUAAGUGGUAUGAUGUCAGUUAUGGGAAAGAAGGUUCUUCAUAUUGAUAGGAAUUCUUAUUAUGGAGGUGAAAGUGCAUCAAUAACACCAUUGGAAGAUGUUUACAAAAAGUUUGGAAUGGGUAAACCAGCAGAAAAACUAGGUAGAGGAAGAGAUUGGAAUAUAGAUUUGAUUCCUAAAUUUCUCAUGGCUAAUGGACAAUUGGUUAAGUUAUUGGUUGGUACUGGUGUGACCAGAUAUUUAGAGUUUAAAUGUGUAGAAGGAAGCUAUGUGUUUAAAGGUGGUAAAGUGUACAAGGUGCCAGCUGAUGAGAAGGAAGCAUUGACUACAUCACUUAUGGGACUAUUUGAGAAGAGAAGAUUUCGAAAGUUUCUGAUAUUUGUAACUGAAUUUGACUUAGAAAACCCCAAAACAUGGCAGGGUGUAGAUCCAAAACUAACCACUGCUUCAAAGUUAUAUGAAAAGUUUGGUCUAGAUAACAAUACAGCUGAUGUUACUGGUCAUGCUUUAGCCCUUCAUCUUAAUGAGGCGUACAAGAAUGAGCCAUGUUUAGAUUUAAUUAACCGAGUAAAGUUAUAUUAUGAAUCAUUAGCCAGAUAUUUGAAGUCUCCUUAUCUAUAUCCAUUGUAUGGUCUGGGAGAAUUACCACAGGGUUUUGCAAGAUUAAGUGCUAUUUAUGGUGGAACCUACAUGUUAGAUCGACCAGAUGCUGAAAUAGUGUACGAGGAUGGAAAGGUAGUAGGUGUGAAAGCCCAGGGAGAAGUAGCUAAAUGUAAAAUGGUCGUUUGUGAUCCUUCCUAUGCUACAGACAAAUGUAAAACUGUAGGAAAGGUUAUCAGAGCCAUCUGUAUCUUGGAUCAUCCCAUUAAAGAUACAAAAGAUUCAUUAUCAACACAAAUUAUUAUUCCACAGAACCAAGUCAACAGAACACAUGAUAUAUAUAUUAGUAUGAUAUCAGCUACACAUUUUGUUGCUGCAAAGGGACAUUACUUAGCCAUAGUCAGUACCACUGUAGAAACAAGCAAUCCAGAGGAAGAAAUUAGAGUAGCAUUAGACCUGAUUUCACCUAUAGAACAAAAAUUUGUUUCAGUGAGUGAAUUAAAAGAACCAACAGAUGAUGGAUCAACUUCUAAAGUAUUUAUUACAAAGUCCUAUGAUGCUACAUCACAUUUUGAGACAACUUGUGCAGAUGUAAUUCAAGUGUUCGAACGAGCAUAUGGAGGAAAGUUUGACUAUGACAAAGUACAAAAUACAGAUCAUGAAAUGUAACAUAAACAACAUAAUAGACUUCAAAUUUUAACUCAAUAUGUUGUGAUAAAGGGAAGCAAUUCAUUGCAAAGUUAUGAUGCAUUUGGUAUAAAAAUAUAUUUGUCUAUUUAUUUGCAUCUUUUUUAUUUGGUGCACUGGCUGAAACCAAUGAAAUAUCAGUAUUUUGUUUGCUUCUUGUUCAAAGAUAUGUUAUUUUGAGAAUCUAUUGGGGGAAAAAUUGUACUCUUAUCUCCCCUUAUUUUGUUUGUUUAUAAUUUAGCAGUUGUUUCUGAACAGAACAACUGUAUAGAGUAUAGAACAUUUAGAACAAUUUGAAAACUAAUAUUAAUUUUCAUUCCAUACAUGAAAUUUCUUAAAAUUUACAAUCUUUUUAUAAAAAAGUGUUCAGAUUGAUCAGUGUACAUAUGCUAUGAUUUAUUAAUAAAUUAUUUUUAUGUCUCUUUGUCUUUUGACUUGUUCUAACAAAGUUAUAUGUAAAUUGUCAUUAUCAUAUUGUGUACUUGCAUGGCACAACUUUGUCUGUUGAGGAGUACAUUUGAGUAUCAUUUUAUCAUCUGAAAUAUUUUAUGCUGUAUAAUGAUCAAAUAGGAAGAUAUGGAAUACCAGUAGAAAGUUACAAUAUACAAAUGAUGUUGGAACAGGGUUACUUGAUUGAGGAUAAAUAUAUUGUCACAAAGUCAUGUAGUACAUGUGCAGUGUUAAUUGUAUGCUUAGAACUUUCACACACCUAAUGUGCAAUAACAGUUGGUUUAUAUAACAUUUUUUACAGGCCCUGUGCUCUGUAUCAAAGCUUUUCAAAUUAUUUUGAUUUUUAAUUUAGCAUUCUUUCAAAUCCAUAGAAACUAAUUGCUUAAUUGUCUCUGAUUACCACAUAAUUAAUAUGACUUCAAAAUUGUAAAAUUGUGUUAAUACUUUUCUAUCAAAUGAACAUUUUAGAUAUGAGCAAAAUGGAAAAGUAAAUAUUAUGAUAUAUGCUACCUCCACCCUGGCAUUAUGUGAUAAGGAUUGAAAUGGUAAACUAGGCAUAGAUAAAGGAGUAAAUAUUUUAGUUCUUUUUAUAUUUUGUCACUGGAUUAUGCUUUCCAUUAUUUUCCAUUAUUUUUAUUGACCGUGUCCAUUGCAAUGGCAUUUAUCUGUUUGUUAGUCAUGGUAUUUCUGUCCUAUCUGUGCCAAAACCAAGGUACCCUUUUAAGAUGUUAUACAAGCAUGCUAAAUUGCUGAACCUAAUGGAUAAUAACAAUUAACAAAUUCUAUCUAAAAUUGCUUCAAAUACUUUUAUGAUAGUUUCAAAGGUUCUAUUUCUUACAUUUUUCCAAUGGACCAAAUUUAUAUUUGUUAUUAUUUAUUAAUGUGAAAUUUGUUUUUGCUAUAAUAGAUUUUUAAUGAAGCACUAGAAUGAUCUACAAUACCUAUACAUAUAAAUGAUAUAAUACCAAUACAUGCUUUAGCACUUACUGCCAACUCCUAAAACCAUGAUUGACAUUCACAAUAUAGAACAUUAUUUCAUUCAAAGAACACUCAUAUUACUGUUAUCCUAUAUGUUUUUAUUCCCCAGCUGUGGCAAACAAGCACCAAAAGUUCUUGCCAUCAAGAGCUGACAGUUUUCUAAAUUUAAACCCCGUUUUGUAUUGACUUCCAUGUUUUCUGGUGAAGUCUUGUGUAAUCAUUGAAAGACUUCAUAACAAUUUAAGAUAGAAGAGAGUGUCUGUGUAGUAAUGUAUUGGCACCAAUACCACAUCUACCUAUAUCUAUUGGGUAUUGUAGUCAUUUGUAUUGUUUUAAGGAAACAAGGAUAACACAGCUGAAAAUCUUUAGUUUUUUAUUGGAAGGUAGAAGAUAGUGUUAAAUGUUGGCACUUCCAUUUAGACUGUAAUGAGUCUUAUAAAAAAAAAAUCCAGUACACCUGUGAUAAUAGUUUGAAAAAAACUACAAAUUGAAUGCAUUAAAUAAUAAGAAAAAGAAGGUGAAGGAUUUAGAUAAAAUAUAUAUUUAAAGAAAUGACUAAGCUUGCUAGUAUUUGGCUUGUGAAAAAGUCAUUGUUAUUGUCAGUAAAACUUAAAUGUGUACUGUAUAUCAUUAAAACUAAGGAUUUACAUUAUAAAUGUAAGCUAUGAGAUUAGCUAUGGAGCCUAUUAAAUGCUGAUGUUAAAGAAAAAAAUAAGGACAAUUACUGUAGUUCGUAAUGAAAAAUUUGAAAAUGCUAUUAUUUGUAAGAAAUUAUAAUUAUGCUUUAUCACAUUAAAUAUGUCAGAAAUAAUAAAAAAUCAUAAACAUGCUA